UCUGCAGUGUACUUGGUACAUCCUAGCUGACCACAGCACGCACACAGUACAGGGAGAUUCCUGUACAGAAAGUUUCCAGCUACAGCAGUUCCUGAACUACAGGUCCCAGCAUGCAUGAAAACGCUCCUCAGUGCUAGCCGCUCAGUGUGCACGCAGGGCCGGUCUGUUUGCAUGGGGCACUGCUGCCAUGAGACUCACCUCUGGAGCUAGUUACACUCCUACCGCCGGUCUCCGGAGGGGCAUCAAUGUUACGUAAUAAGAUGACGUUACCGGACAGUUCCUUCAGUCACCGACAAGGCGGGCAGCCGGGAGUUACUACAAAUCGUCAACAGCCGGGUCACGCGCCCAACGCUUCCUGCUCCCUCGAAACAACGGACGGCUUCGGGGGCGUGCGCGACGGGACGGGCAAUACCAAGUGCGCCCCUGAGGAGGGGGCGCCAAGCGCUAGGAAAAACUCCCUUGUCCCCAUCCCGAAUGGACGAUGCUGCUGGGAGAAGGGCGGUUGUCAAGGUCACUGGGAUACAGCAUCACCGGUCCGGGAGAAUGACCAAAUAUACUCCAGUACUCGGCUGGAUUCGCUUUACUGCUGGGGUUCCAUUCAUCAUUUAUAGAGCUCCAGAAUAACUAGUGCGGUACCGGAGCUGUAGGCAUAAAUCGUCUCAUCCAGGAAAACGGUGACCUUUUCUCUGACAAACAUUGCAAAGUUUGCAGUGCUGUCUUGAUAUCGGAAUCCCAGAAGCUUGCACAUUACCAGAGCAAGAAACAUGCAAAUAAAUACCGCCGGUACAUGUCCAUUCACAAAGGAGAAGAUUUUACCCCAGCAAAAAGGAUGAAGGCUGAUGAUACUGUGGUACAGAAGGAAACCAGCAGUGAUGAUGGAGAUAGAAACAAAUGCUGCCCAGUCUGCAAUAUGACCUUCUCAUCUCCAGUUGUUGCAAUGUCUCACUAUGAGGGCAAAACACAUGCGAAGAACUUGAAAAUAAAGGAACAGGGUGGAGUUCCAACAGGUACACCCCCCCGCGUUAACAAGCCAGCUCCUGCUCCACGUGCACCACCAGCAAACUUGGAUAAAUCGGACCCUGAAAAGUUCUGCCAGCUUUGCAGUGCGACCUUCAACAACCCUCACAUGGCAGAGCAGCAUUACAAGGGCAGGAGACACCUUAAGCAGGAGACUAAGAGCAAGCUCAUGACUAUUUAUACCAGCACUGGGGAUACGCCACCGCAAACUGCACCCCUCAAUCCAAUAACGCCAGGCUCUGGAGCAACCGGAAACUGGUUCAACUGUGAUACUUGCAAUAUUGUUCUGAAUUCUAUAGAGCAGUAUCAGGCUCACAUCAGUGGAUCAAAACACAAGAACAACGUAAAGUCCCAAAUAUCCAAUUUCUCGAACAAUGUGUUUCCUGUACCUGAUCGUAAGUCAUAUGGCGGUAUUUUAUCAUCCAACUUGCUUUCCUCAGAAGUUCCUUCCACUGGAUUCUCGCUGUCUUCGGGUGGACAGUACUCUUCUGGUGGUUACUCAACACCUGGAAAUUUCUCAUCCCAGGGAAAGUCAAGUGGAGGGAGCACAAUGUUUGGGGAGGGUUUACUUCCGCUACCUCCACAGCCCCAACGCUCAUUUCUGAAAGACACGAUAGGGCCUGAUGGCUACAAUUAUUACAGUCAAGACUACUAGGUUGUGUGGGUCUUGGUUGCCUUAGUCAAGGCACAGUAAGAAGCUGCAAAUAUUUGUUGUUUCUUUAUUUUAUACCGAUGUUGAAUAACUCCUGGCAACAAUAACCCGUGUGUUACAGUAAAAGUGCAGCUAAGGUGUUUAGAUUUAGACUAUAAGAUGGUUUACCAGGGAGAGAGGAAAAUGGGUUUAACUUGCCAGCCAUCUAGUGUUUGUCAUUUUGGAGUUCUUUGGUUGUUUUGUGAAGAUUCUAUGACACGUUUAAUGUACAGCUGACAUAGUAAAAUUAGGAAUUUUUAGGAAUUUAAUGACUUUGAAGAUUCUGUAAGCUAUAUAGCUACAACUAAACCUGCAGAAUGUAUAGUUAUCCCCCAAAACAUAUUUGCACCAUUGCACACAUUUGAUUUGCAUAGUGCAGCUUUCUAUUGGGAAAUAAGUGGUUUCUGUUCUGCUUAUUAUUUGAUUUUAAUAUUUUAAUCCCAUAUUCAUAUAUUUUUUUUUUUUUUUUUUUUAUUUCCGUGCAAUAACGAAGUCACAAAAUUGUGGAGGAUACUUGCAAGUUAUAGCUGAUAGGUGGGAACCGGUAGUCAUUUGUUUGUAAUCUGCUAUAUGUAAAACGGUUCUGUCCCAUUUAUUGGAAUGAAUCUAUAUGAACUGAAAUUUAUACCUGUCCAGUUAAGAAAAAAAACUAUCCCCAAUCUGCAAAAUAGGGGAUAAAUGGUGGAUCGUGGGGGAAUCUAACCACUGGGACCCCCAUGAUCUGCCGUGGUCUCUGUCGACCAUGGCACAAAGUUCUAGCAUGCCCCCUCCAUGCCCCCUAAUGUAUAGGGGAUACAUUUAUAUAUUUUUUUUAACUGGACUACUCCAGUUCACAAAGGGCAGAUAGACUGCUACUUUUUCUACCCCAGAUUGACAUUGGGAAAACCUGCAGUGGAUAACUAGAAGCAGUAUGAAUUGCGUUUUAUAGAAUAUCUGGAUGGAAGGUGAUCUAUAGUGCAGGUUUUAAAUAGAAGGUGUGGGAAUAUUUGAAGUUUUCUCAUCGACUUCUGUGAGGGAAUCCACAAUGUAUCUGCAGACUUUGUCGUAUGUAUUUUUUUUUUUCUUUUAAAACGGUAUCCUAAUCCGAAAUCUGGAGCAUUUUCUUAUCAUGGAAAUGUACUCUAAGCAAAAUGGUCACAGGCCGCUAGUGCAGUCUUUUCCAAACUGGGUGCCUCCAGCUGUUGCAAAACUACAACUCCAGCAUGCCCGGACAGCCGAAGGCUGUUCGGGCAUGCUGGGAGUUGUAGUUUUGUUACUGUGGGAGACACACUGUUUAGAAAACACUGCUCUAAGGGAUACUAACUGGUUGUAUAGGUUGUAUAAAGCAGUGGUCUCCCCUUCCUUUCUCCUGAACUCCUUGUUUACCAUGAAUUCCGCACGGCUCCUUUAUAGUAUACCUGACAAGGAGUUACAUGUUGUGGCCUCCUAAUUUUCAGCUUGAGACCAUUACAUAGGACCUACAACUGAAUCAAUAGAGAUCAUUUUAGCUUAUUGGGUAUGUUCACACUGGGUGGGAAUGUUACAGUGCAAAGUGCACAACAUAUUACAGUAGCAGAAAAUUGGAUGAGAUAUGUUAAAAUCUUUUCCAAAUGCUUUGAAAAAAAUGUAUACAGAAAAUUCCCAGCGAAAUUGAUCUGCACCAGCGCUGUGCUGAUUUAUUGACCCCCCCCCCCCCCCACAACAAAUCUGCAGAUUUCAAAUGGUGUUGUUUUCCUGUGUUGUUGUUUUUUGUUUUUGUUUUUUUAAUAAACAACCUCCCCCUUUCCCAUAAAAGUGAAUGGUCUGCUUUCUUGUAAUCUGCCACUAGGUGGCUCUGCAUCUAAUUUUUGUUUUCGGAAAGCUCAUUUUUAACUGGGGAAAUGUAACACUUGUGUGAUUUAAGCUCAGGCUUCAUGGCCACUUUAAGGGUAUGUUUACAUGGCGGAAUGUCCAUGCUGAAUUCCUUCAGAAUAUUCAGCACGGACAUUCCACUGCAGCAGAGUCCCAAUGGGAUUCUGCUGCACUGUGCACACGGUGGUAUUUCCGCUGUGGCAAUCCCGAUGACAGCAUCUGCAGAAGGAAUAGACUUGUCUAUUCUUUAUGUGGAUUUAGCUCAGAAAUGCAUUUCCAAGCAGUCCUAGUGUCCGCCGGAACUUGCAAAUGUGCGGAAGGCCUGCCCAUGUUUUCCAGGUGGACAUUCUGCACAUUUUAUUACUGUGUGAACAUACCGUAAUUCUGUGUCUGAGAGGUUUUGUUGCCACAUUGCAAUACAUGAUUAUCAGUGUGGUUUCACUACUAGGGAAACUUCUAGAUAAAUGUUGUACACUGUUAACAUGGUAUAGGCAUAGUUAACAUGGUAUAGGUAUAGGCAAAAUA